AGGGCAAAUCCUUGUCUCUCUCUUCCCGCCAAGAUUUCAGGCACACCUGGCGCGCCAGCCAAAGAGACAGGCUGGCCUUUAACAGUUGGGACUUGGGAGUCUUGGGACGGUCAGGUUCAGGUGAGAAAAGCACACAGUCAUCAACGCCCGCUGGCGGCAGGGCCGCAAUUACCUCUCUCUCUCUCUCUCUACCCCUCGUGUGUACACACUGCCAUGAGAGAGAUGAGGACCUGAGCUGAGCCCCCUUCAAUCGCUUCUAGAAGCUUUGAAAUCACUCUCUAUAGAAUCUUGGAGAACCCCAAGAAUCUUCUAAUUUUUUCUUUAAUGGCGACUGGCUAGUAGCGAUCUCCCCACGUUUCUUAAUUAAUUUGGAUUUUGAAACUUGAAAGAGGAAGAAGAAACGUCGUUCUUCCUCUGCAAACCUCUCUCUCCUCACCUCUUUUAAAUAAACCCAUUCCUUCCUUCACAAUCACCUACCCUCCUCUUCUUUGCAGCCAUGCAACUCAAACAUUUCCUCCCAGUUUUACCUGCAGAUCUAGAUGAAAUCGAGUCCUCAACCCCUCGUCGUUCUCGUUCCAGUCGCCAACCUUCCACCGAGGAACAUGGGCUUUUCACUUUUGUUAACCAUGUACUCCGCAGCAUCUACACGGGUUUCUCCGAUUGCUAUGUCACUCGCAACAACCACUCUUCCUGCAACUUCCAGGACACCCCAGGUGUCGAUCUCUCCCAAAAGGUUGUGGGUUCGAACAACCCAAGAAUCUUCAGCUUCGCUGAGCUCUACAUCGCUUCCAAUGGCUUCAGUGAAGAUCAAAUCCUCGGUAGUGGCGGAUUCGGUCGUGUUUAUAGAGCCGUCUUACCAAGCGAUGGCACUAUUGUUGCCGUCAAGUGCUUGACUGAGAAAGGAGAACAGUUCGAGAAGACCUUCGCUGCUGAAUUGAUGGCGGUCGCUCAGCUUCGCCACCGAAACCUCGUUCGCCUUAGGGGUUGGUGUGUUCAUGAAGAUCAAUUGCUUCUUGUAUAUGACUACAUGCCUAAUCUCAGCCUCGAUCGGAUUCUCUUCAAACGACCUGAUUGCCCUGCCUCUCCGAUUCUGAAUUGGGAACGACGAUAUCGAAUUGUGGCGGGUCUUGCGGCUGCUCUGUUCUAUCUACAUGAGCAAUUGGAGACACAAAUCAUCCACCGAGAUGUCAAGACUAGUAAUGUCAUGUUAGAUUCCAAUUAUAACGCUCGGUUGGGCGAUUUCGGAUUAGCACGGUGGCUAGAGCAUGAACUUGAAUUUGCAGCACCAUCUUUUGAUAGCAAUUAUGAGUUCAGGAUGGCGGAGACAACCAGAAUUGGUGGCACAAUUGGGUACUUACCACCGGAGAGCUUCCAGAAAAAAAGCAUUGCUACUGCAAAAUCUGAUGUUUUUAGCUUUGGGAUUGUUGUUUUGGAGGUGGCGAGUGGUCGGCGAGCAAUCGAUCUCGCCUGCCAAGAUGAGAAGAUUGUCCUGCUUGAUUGGGUUCGACGGCUAUCUGAUGAAGGUAAGUGUUUACAAGCUGGAGAUACUCGGUUACUAGAUGGGUCUUAUAAGCUUCCUGAGAUGGAGCUUUUAAUCAAUCUCGGCCUCCUCUGUACUUUGGGUGAUCCACAAGUAAGGCCUAGUAUGAAAUGGGUUGUCGAAGUUCUUGCCGGUAAUAUCGUCGGCAAAUUGCCGGCGUUGCCGUCGUUUAAGGCCUAUCCUCAAUACAUCUCCUAUUCAUCUUCCACUGCCACCACAAUCAUAACAAUUUCAACAGUAAUAGGAACAUCAACAACAACAACAAAUGCAUCUCAAUGGUCUAAUUUAACAUCUGGUUAUGCAACUGCUGCUGGUGACACCAUUUUUAUGACAGCCAUGGAUGGGGAAACUAACAGCAAUGGCCAUGAUGGAGAAACUAACAGUAACAGUCACAUUAGUGGCGUUAUUCGGAGCAAAAUUCCUUCGGUUGAUACACCACGAGAGAUACCUUUCAAGGAAAUCAUUGCUGCAACGAAUGAUUUCUCCGAAGCUAGAAGAGUUGCAGAGCUGGACUUUGGUACUGCCUACCAUGGCUACCUAGAGAACCGUCAUCAUGUAUUGGUGAAGAGGCUUGGGAUGAAGAAAUGCCCUGCUUUAAGGAUACGUUUUGCCAAUGAGCUCCAGAACCUUGGGAAUCUCCGACACCGGAAUCUGGUGCAGCUCCGAGGCUGGUGCACUGAGCAAGGGGAGAUGCUUGUUGUCUAUGACUACUCUGCUCGCAGUCAGCUCAGUUAUUUCCUCUUCCAUGACAAGAGCUGGCCCUCUGUCCUAACAUGGAGGCGGCGUUACAAUAUAAUUAAAUCGAUCGCAUCUGCAAUCUUUUAUCUCCAUGAAGGUUGGGAUGAGCAGGUCAUCCAUAGGAAUAUUACUUCUGCAGCUAUCAUCCUUGAUGGUGACAUGAGCCCACGUCUUGGCUCUUUCGCCCUUGCUGAGUUCCUGGCUCGGAAUGACCAUGGCCAUCACGCGGAAACUAGCCCAGAGAAAUCAGUUCGUGGGAUAUUUGGAUACAUAGCCCCUGAGUACAUUGAAUCCGGUGAGGUGACCGCAUUGGCUGAUGUUUAUAGCUUUGGGGUUCUUAUGCUUGAGGUGGUUACCGGCAGGAUGGCAGUUGACUUCCGGUGGCCUGAGGUGCUGUUGGUGAAGAAGGUUCGUGAAUUUGAGAUACAGAGGAGACCAUUGGUGGAGCUGGCGGACUGGAGAAUGAAUGAUGAGUAUGAUAAAAGGGAGCUUACUAGGCUUGUGAAAUUGGGAAUUGCAUGUACCAGAUCAGAUCCUAGUUUGCGACCGAGUAUGAGGCAAAUUGUUAGCAUACUAGAUGGUAAUGAUGGGUGCUUCAAGGAAGAAGCACAAAGGAAGGAGAUGAGGGAAGAGUGGCUGCGCAGGAAUGAUUAUUCUUUGACAUCUAUCAGGAGAAUCCAAGCUAUUGGUAUUCAAUGAAGGUAUAUGUAGUUGGAACAGAUAGAUCUGAUGAGGGAUCAUAGGUUUCUCUUAUGUGAUAGUCUCAAUGAUGUAAACUAGGUUUCUCUCUUGUGAUAGACUAUGAUCAGGUUUUCCCCUUCCUUUUUUGGUUGUUUGUGUACUGUUUCAGGUAGUCUAUGUAAAUAGAAAUGAGAUGAUGAUGUAUAGUUAGACUUUAUGCAUUGGUUCUUCACCAAA